CUAUCACUCAGUUACGGUGGAUCAACCGCGGUGGCAACACAUAAUCCAGUAGGUGCCGGCCAGCCUGGUACCCUGGAAAACCUUUUUUUUUCUUUUUUCCACCGUGAAAACUUUUGAGUGCCUUCAAAUGGAUUAGAAUCUUUUUACGUGCGGAGUGAUUUUCGAUAUUUUAAGUGACUUUGUGGACAUUACAAGGUGGUGAAAAGGACACGUGUGAUUUUUUAUUUUUAUUCGGGUGAAAAAAUUGAAUCGAAAUGUCUGCAACGGUGGCACCAGCGGAUCAAUUGACGGCCAACGCCAACAUCGCCUCCCCGAUGAACGUGUUUUACUUCCUGCUAGUUCCGGCCCUACUACUCUGGUUCAUCUACUGGCGGUUAUCCCGCAGGCACAUGCUCGAGCUUGCGGAGAAGAUCCCCGGACCACCUGGAUUACCUCUUUUCGGAAAUGCUUUAGAAUUGGUUGGAACUUCUCACUCUGUAUUCCGCAAUGUGAUCGAGAAGGGCAAAGACUUUGACCAGGUGAUCAAGCUGUGGAUCGGACCGAAACUAAUCGUCUUCCUGGUGGAUCCCCGUGAUGUCGAACUGCUGCUCAGCAGUCACGUGUACAUUGACAAAAGCCCCGAAUAUCGCUUCUUCAAGCCCUGGCUGGGCAACGGUCUUUUGAUCAGCACAGGACAUAAAUGGCGCCAGCACCGGAAGUUGAUCGCACCCACCUUCCACCUUAACGUGCUCAAAAGUUUUAUCGACCUGUUCAAUGAAAAUUCCCGCCUGGUGGUGGAGAAGAUGCGUAAAGAGGCCGGAAAAACCUUCGACUGUCACGAUUACAUGAGCGAGUGCACCGUGGAAAUUCUACUCGAAACUGCGAUGGGUGUGUCUAAGAAGACUCAAGACCAGUCUGGCUUUGACUACGCAAUGGCUGUUAUGAAAAUGUGCGAUAUUCUCCAUCUGCGCCACCGGAAGAUGUGGCUGUACCCGGACCUCUUCUUCAACAUGACUCAGUACGCCAAACGACAGGUGCAACUGCUCGAUACUAUUCACAGUCUAACGCGCAAGGUUAUUCGCAACAAAAAGGCUGCUUUCGAAACUGGAACACGUGGAACUCUGGCGACCACCUCUAUCAAAACCGCGGAAUUUGAGAAACCGAAAAGUACCGCCAACACGAACACUGUCGAGGGUCUGUCCUUUGGACAGUCGGCUAAUUUGAAGGAUGAUUUGGACGUUGAAGAGAAUGAUGUGGGCGAGAAGAAACGCCUGGCGUUCCUUGACCUUUUGCUGGAAAGUGCAGAAAAUGGUGCUCUUAUUUCGGACGAGGAAAUCAAAAAUCAAGUAGACACAAUUAUGUUUGAAGGACACGAUACAACUGCGGCCGGCAGCAGUUUCUUCCUUUCGAUGAUGGGAAUCCAUCAGCAUAUCCAGGAUAAGGUUAUCCAAGAACUGGAUACCAUUUUUGGCGAUUCUGAUCGCCCAGCUACGUUCCAAGACACACUGGAAAUGAAAUACCUUGAACGUUGUCUGAUGGAGACCCUUCGAAUGUAUCCACCAGUACCGAUUAUUGCCCGAUCCCUCAAGCAGGAUCUCAAGCUUGCUUCCAGUGAUUUGGUUGUACCAUCGGGAGCCACGAUAGUUGUUGCGACAUACAAACUGCAUCGUCUGGAAACGAUCUACCCCAAUCCGAACGUGUUUGAUCCAGAUAAUUUCCUCCCAGAACGCCAAGCCAAUCGCCAUUACUAUGCGUUUGUGCCAUUUUCUGCUGGACCAAGAAGUUGUGUCGGUCGUAAAUACGCCAUGCUGAAGCUGAAGAUCAUUCUUUCUACCAUUUUGCGAAACUUCCGCGUGAUUUCAGACCUGAAGGAGGACGAAUUCAAGCUUCAAGCAGACAUUAUCCUGAAGCGAGAGGAGGGCUUCCAGGUGCGCUUGCAACCGCGCCAACGUAAGCCAAAAGCAGCGCAAGCCUGAGAUAUAUUGUUAAGGGUAUCGUAAUAUGUAAAAGCACAAACUUAAAAUCUAGGAAACCCCUGGAAUAUCUAUAGAGACGAAUAUACAAACAAAACCAGCAAGAAUCUGACACAUGAAUAUUUUUUAAAAUAUCGUGAAAAUAUACCGCAAUUUGAAAUAGAGCUUAAGGAAAUGAAAAUCGCUAUAUAAAACGGGAGUAAAUUUAACAUUUUUAUUUGACGAAGCUUGUAUGUGUGUGAGAAAUAAACCAUAAAUUCAAUAAAAAAAACGUAAAUGUUCAAAUCCAUGUUCCA